UCUUUCGAAUUCCAAAUAUUCCAUUUGACGCUGGUCCCAAUCACUGUAACUUGUCCUGACUCCAUGUCAUCUAUCCCAUCUUCUUUCCUAUCGAGUCGAGUCGAGUCGAGUCUGUGAUUGAUCGUUCCUAGCAUCCCUUCCCAUAAUAAUACAUAUUGUCUUUUGGAGCAAGAUGAUGAUCUCUAAAAGGACCAUUCUGAUCAGUUGCUUGGUACUGGCCUCGCCAUCUCUUCACGAUGGGUUUCUUCCGGUCCGUGCCAUGGGUCCAUGGCCUCGCAGUAGCGGCGGAUGGUCCUCACCUCCCACACAUUCGGCAGCAUUAGCGUCAUCCUAUGCGACUGUGGAUCCCUCCCACUGGAUGCCCCUCUUGAUCAAGGCAGCGGGAUUUUUCUUUGACACGAAACUGGAACAACUGGGAAACCUCCUGCAUUGCGAUCAAGCCCAACUGAAUGUGGUCCGCCGAGAGCUCGUGGUGCACAACUUUACAGUACACGAUCGCAAUCGCAAUCACAACAUUCCUGCCUUGCGAAUUGGACGCCUCCAUGUCACGUGGGAUUCCUACAGUCAGCCCUGUCUCGAGGUGGAAGUGGAAGACGUCGAUAUCCUGGUGGAAUUUACAAAUCUCUUUUUGACCCGCAAUAAUUGGAAUGAGCUCAAUGAUUUGGGAUUUCCUCCCGAAUUGGUGUACUACAAUACAACAACCACAACAACUUCUUCUUCGUCCGAUUCGGAACUCAUUCGCAUUGGUAGCUUGGAUUUGCAGGGUCGCGUGUCGUUGCAAACGCGAUCGCGACCCUUGAACAAAACCAUUCUCCCGGAUGAUCUUGUCUUGGACUUACGGUCCAUGCGGGAUCUCAAAUACAAAAUUCAGGCCCUGGCAGAAGCCAAUGAUCCGAAAGGGUGUACGUCCGACCAAGUCUAUCAAGUGGUGCGAUCCUUGUUUGGUGCCAAACUCAAAGAGGCAUUGCAGUAUGCCUUGGAAGACAUUGCCACCAACAGCAGCAACAGCCGAGUGGCCAAUCAUUCCAAAGUCUUGUGGUCGUCGGCCAAAGCGGCCGUCCUGUCGUACGCUUCGGAUCUGGAAACUCAUUCGGUGGGCAAGUUCAAAGGCAAGUUGUUGGACAAGAUCCAGAAUACUAAGAAUGAGGAGGGUGACCCUGGGUUAUCGGAGGAACAAGUUGACCAAAUGGUGGCAGAGAAUCUCGCCAAGUUAAAGGUCACGGCCAGUUCUGUCAGUUCCAAAGUAUGGACCGAGAUGAGGGGGUGGUUGGACGCUGCCAAUACGAAUAGAGCCGACCCAGACGAGGAGGAAGAGGAUAUCAUCAUCUUCCCAGACUGGUAGUUAUUCUCUCAAAGCAACGCAUCAAUACGUGCCCGGGCACAAACAGGAAUCUUCGCCCACAACAACAAUUUGCCUUUUUGUGGAGGACACAUCCGUUGCAACUCAUUCCCCAAUGACACCGACUUCCCCAUGGUUGGACUCCAACCAACACAUCGGCAGCCGCAACACCUCAUCUGAAAUAAGGUUCAUGAAUCAUUGGAGGUGGAACGUUGUACCGGUACCAUAUUACGGAAUCACAUCAAUCAACAAAGAGCCAACAUUAGCUAGCUACAGUAGUUGUGCAGAAACGCACUCCGCCAAUGGACGAUGAUACCAUGGUUUGCCUACGAUAUAGAAUAACUCCUACAGAUAGACCAAUUACUUACU